AUGUGUUUCCUCUUGGUCGUUGCCGCCGCCGCUAGCCUCAUCUUGUCCUUGCCGACAGCCAGCGGGGCCGGCGCGAAACCAGGGGCGGCAGCGUCGAUGAAGCGGCCAGGGCGCGAAGGAAGCGACGAGGACAACUCUGUGGAGGUGUGCGUCCUGACUUGGAACCUUGCGGAGGAGAGCCCUCCCGCCGACGACCUGGAGUUCCUCAGGCAAGCAACGCGAGAGACCGACCUCGUGGCCGUGGGGGUGCAGGAGAUCGAGAACCUCAAGCCCAGGAGGAACGAGGGCGGGAGGACAAGAGAGUGGCGUCGGCUGCUGAUGAGGACCCUUGGGAGAGACUUUGUUCGGGUUGGGCACCAUGCGAUGGGAGCGGUGCAGCUGACUCUCUUCGCGCGGAGGGAAGUGCUCGACAGGGUCAAGGUGAUCAAGCUGACGGAGGUGGUGUGCGGCGUCGGGAACGUUCUGCAGAACAAGGGCGGCAUCGGCGCUUACGUCCGCGUGGACCGGACGACGUUCCUCUUCGUGGCAGCGCACCUGGCCGCCCACCAGGGCAAAGUGGAGGAGCGAAACGCCGGCUACUGGCGAAUCGCCACAACGCUUGACCAAGAGAUCCCUCCGGCCUGGGUAACCCAUGCUUCGAGGAAACGCGCCAAGCGUGCGAAGGCGGCGGCGGCAGCGGCGGCCGUAGCGGCAGCGGCGACAUCAACGCAGGAAUCCGAAGAGGACGGCGAGCAACCAUCACCGCCCGUGCCACGGCUGCCGGGGGGAAGAGGAGGGCCGCCAGCGCCCCCGCAGGGGCCCUUCGGAGAUCGCGUGGAUCGCGUGUUCUUUUUCGGAGAUCUCAACUACAGAGUCGAUCUUUCGCGGGAGGACCUAGAGCUCGGGGUUGUUUCGAUUUGUGGCCGGCGGCGGGCAGCCGAGGGGGCGGGGGAGGGGAAGGGGGAAAGAGAGGCGGGCGGGAGAUUCAGACCAGGCAUCACGUACCCGGGUACGGGGGACCUUGACUCCCUGUUGGACUUCGACCAACUAACGCUAGCGCGGAGCCGGGGCGCCGCCUUCAAGGGAUUAUCGGAAGCGCGUGUGACCUUCGAGCCAAGCUACAAGUACGACAAGGGGUCCCAGCAUUUCGACACCUCGCGCAAGAUGCGCCCCCCCGCGUGGACAGAUCGCAUUCUCUUCUCCCCUGCCGGGCCUCUCGGAGUGUCAUCUCUCGCAUAUACGAGUGUCCCAGGCUCUUGCCACAGCGACCACCGACCCGUGUACGCGAAAUUCAGGGUCCGAUUGUCCGACUGA